UGAUAAUAUUUUAUUCUUGUUUUUAAAUUGAGUGAAAUAAUGAACCAUAUGACAUCUGUCAAACACGUGUGAAUCCGCGUAUAAGUGAGGUUAGGCGCGAACAAUUAUAGGUUACGUUCGCUAGCAGAACGAAAAACCAAGACUGCCGAGGUAUGGCUGCCUCCAGGUUACUGAUGGCUUUACGAGACGCCGUAUACCGCGCCUGGGAUUUCAAUCAGUGUUGCGUGACAAGUGACUUACGGAACGUAUCUCGAACAUUUAGCAAUAAGUCUGUAUUCGACGAUGUCGGCGGCGUUGUGACUGAGAAGAAGCAAAGACCGAAGACGGUGCCGGUACCGAAGAUCACGUUGCUGUCACCGGACGACAGGAUGACGGUGACCGUGCUAGAGGAGGCUCAACGUCUGGCAAAACGUCGCAAAUUUGUCCUCGUCAAGAUCAGCGAUCUUGACAGUAAGACGCAACGACCGGUCUACAAACUGACGAGUAGCAUCCUUGACAAGGAGGAGGACGUCACGGAGAACGUCGAGGCUGAUGGCAAAGACAAGCAGAGAUUUAAGGAAACUAAAAUAUUCUUCAUAUCUGCGAAAAUCGCCGAGAACGACCUAUUGACGAAGACCAAAAAUAUGGUGAAGCUGUUGGAGAAGGAACACAAGGUUAAGAUUGUCAUCACCCUGGAUGGUAUCAGUGAGGCUAAGGCACAAAAUGUUAUAGAGGAUGCAGUGAAAAAAUAUGGCAGCGUUCAACGAAUGCCAUCAAAGAAAAAUGUUAUUUUACUCUUAAUAAAUCCUGUGUUAAGUGAGAAUAAAGACAAUUCUGUAGAUAAUAAAGAAGAAAUUAGUGGCCUCUAGUACAAUUAAAAAUUGAUAACGUACGUGUGAUAAGGUUUGAUGAGUUGCACACUAAUUUAACAUAAUUGUCAGUGAGAAAAAAGAAUAAAUUCUGUAUACAUAUAAAGGAUAAGAUAUA